UAACAAGCCAAACCCCAACCAGAUCAAUGUAAAUAAUGUCAAACCAGGAGUGGUAAAUGGUACAGGAGUACAGGCACAGAACGCGGGAGCAGGACGGGCCUGUGAAAGCUGUUAUACCACACAGUCUUACCAGUGGUAUUCUUGGGGUCCCCCUAACAUGCAGUGUCGCCUCUGUGCAUCCUGUUGGACCUACUGGAAGAAAUACGGUGGCUUGAAAAUGCCAACACGGUUAGAUGGGGAGAGACCAGGACCAAACCGCAAUAAUUUGAGUCCUCAUGGUGUGCCAGUACGAAACAGUGGGAGUCCCAAGUUUGCUAUGAAGACCCGACAAGCUUUCUAUCUCCAUACAACAAAACUGACAAGAAUUGCCAGACGUUUAUGUCGAGAUAUCUUGCGCCCUUGGCAUGCGGCAAGACAUCCCUAUCUGCCUAUUAACAGCGCAGCAAUCAAAGCAGAAUGCACAGCACGUUUACCUGAGGCAUCAGAAAACCCAUUGCUGUUAAAGCAAGUGGUUCGAAAGCCUUUAGAAGCAGUACUCCGGUAUUUAGAGUCUCAUCCGUGUCCUCCGAAACCAGAUCCUGCAAAGAGCUUGUCCAGUUCUCUCAACAAUCUGACUCCUGCUAAGUUUACACCUGUCAUUAAUAAUGGGUCCCCAACUAUCCUGGGAAAAAGAAGUUACGAACAACACAAUGGAAUGGACGGCAACAUGAAGAAGCGCCUGUUGAUGCCUAGCAGGGGUCUGCCUAACCACGGACAAACCAGACAAAUGGGACCAAGCCGAAACUUGCUGCUCAAUGGGAAAUCAUACCCAACAAAAGUCCGAUUAAUUCGUGGUGGAUCCAUGCCUCCAGUGAAAAGGAGGAGGAUGAACUGGAUUGAUGCACCAGAUGAUGUUUUUUACAUGGCCACUGAAGAAACCAGGAAAAUCCGCAAGCUGCUUUCCUCUUCUGAAGCCAAGCGAGCCGCCAGACGCCCUUACAAGCCUAUUAUCCUCCGGCCCAUCCAGGCAGUGCAGCUCCGCCAGCCCAUGAAUGAUGAACCCAUAAUCAUUGAGGAUUAA